AUGGCUGACACUCACGACCUUCGCGUCGAGAAGCUAUUCUCGGUCAAAGACUACGUUUGCGUCAUCACUGGGGGCGGUUCGGGCAUUGGAUUGAUGUCUGCUCAAGCUUUGGCUGCGAAUGGCGCCAAGGUCUACAUCACCGGACGACGCAAGGAAGCAUUGGAGAAGGCGGCGAAGUCCCACAACCCUGCACAGGGCGGUCAAAUCAUCCCCCUGGGACCCUGCGAUGUGACCAAGAAAUCGGAUCUCGCCGAGCUCUGCGAAGAGCUUUCCUCCCGCGAAAAGUACAUCAACCUCCUUAUAACCGCGGCUGGCAUAUCCGGCGAAAGGGCCGAGCCCGACUCUGAGGAGGCGCACUCGCUCAAGGAAAAGCUCUGGAACAACGAAACCUUCGAGGGCUGGAACAAGACUUUCAACACAGACGUAACUUCCGUCUACUUCACCGUUGUCGCCCUACUCCCCCUCUUGCAAGCUGGUACCGAAACGCACGGCCACCUCUCCGCCUCCGUCAUCGUGAUAUCCUCUAUGUCGGGCAUCAUGCGAGAAUCACAGGGCCAUUUCAGCUACAAUGCGGCCAAAGGCGGAACCGUCCACCUCACCAAGCUCAUGUCAGCCGAGUUCCAGAAGAUCCGGAUUCGCGUGAACAGCAUUGCGCCUGGGUACUUCCCGUCGGAGAUGACCGCGAAAGAGAGUGACGACCGAAUGAAGAGCCAUGUGCCGGAUGAGACGAUCCAGGAAAAGGGCCAUGUGCCGAUGGCAAGGGCGGGAAGUGAUGAGGAGAUGGCGCAGGCGGUACUGUUCCUUACAAAGAAUACGUAUGUGAACGGCGAGAUUAUUGCGGUUGACGGUGGUGUACUGAAUGUGGUGGCUGGUCGAUGA